CAGGACGCUGGGCGGAAGCGGCGGCGGUGGCGGCGGGUCUCCCCUUCCGGCGCGCGGUGGGUCAGCUGGCGGGGCGAUGGCGGCGGCCGAGGCGGAGUACGAGUCGGUGCUCUGUGUGAAGCCCGAGGUCAGCGUCUUCCGCAUCCCGCCCAGGGCCUCCAACCGCGGCUACCGGGCCUCCGACUGGAAGCUGGACCAGCCGGACUGGACGGGACGCCUGCGGGUCACCUCCAAGGGGAAAGUCGCCUACGUGAAGCUGGAGGACAAGGUCUCAGGAGAGCUUUUCGCACAGGCUCCGAUCGACCAGUACCCUGGCAUCGCAGUGGAGACGGUCAAUGACUCCAGCCGAUAUUUUGUCAUCCGGAUUCAGGAUGGGAACGGGCGCAGCGCCUUCAUCGGCAUCGGCUUUGGCGACAGAGGAGACGCCUUCGACUUCAACGUUGCCCUGCAGGACCAUUUCAAGUGGGUGAAGCAAGAGACGGAAAUCUCCCAGGAGUCCCAGGAGUCGGACAGCCGGCCCAAACUCGACCUGGGCUUCAAGGAAGGGCAGACCAUCAAGCUGAACAUUGGGAACAUGCCCACCAAGAAAAGUGGGCCAGCGAAGCCCCGCCCCGCCGGCUCAGGCGGACUCAGCCUUCUGCCCCCACCCCCGGGGGGCAAAAUGGCCGCUCCUGCUCCCCCGCCAGCUCCCCCUCUUUCUUCGACAGCCAUUUCCAACCACGUGACUCCACCCCCCGUGCCCAAGUCCAGCAGUGCUGGCAGCACAGAUAUCCUCCUAGACUUCAACCUGUCACCUUCGGCCGCCUCCAAGGGCCCCCCGCCUGCCCUGCUCCCAGCCACCGCAGAUCUCUGGGGAGACUUCAGCACUGCGCCCAGUGCAGUUCCCAGCCAGCCUGCUCAGCCGUCCAAGUGGGUUCAGUUCUGAAGAAGCAGGAGGGAGGAAACGGAAACGGACCAACGGCCGAGGCAGAGGGACCCACCUGGGCUCUUCAGCCCAAUCCCAACUUCCAGACAAUCCCCGUUUUUGUUGACGUGCCCGUUCCCUGGGCUCCCCCCUGCAUUCCCUCUCUGGCGCAGCGGAACUGCCUCAGAAUCCGCCCCUCCGGGAGCCUUGGAAGAGCGAGCCAGGGAGGAGCGAGGGAGGGGGGGGCGGCUGACACCCGGCUUCCUGCCUCUGGUCAGUCCCCGAGGUCUGGGAGGCUGACCAGAAGCUGCUUUUCCUUUGGGGUUCCCAGCCAGGCUCCCUUUCCUUUCCCCUGGGCCCCAGAGAGCAGCCGUCCGGAGCUGCCCCUGCUGCCGAUCUCUGCUCUCGGGAGAACCGGCUCCUCUGGGCUUCCCCUCGUCCUCCUUCCCGCGAAGGCCGGCAGUCGGGGCUUUCCAGAUCCAUUCGUGCGUUCUGUGUUUGGUGAAGCCUCCCAGUUUCCCUGGGCUCCUUUCGCCCCGCCCAGUUCUUGUCAGAAAAGGUCACUUCCCAGGUCAGGCGUGGCUGCAGCCCCCAGGCGGCUCUCCUGCUCCCGUCUCUUGUGUGGGUGCAUCUCCCUCAACCGGCUCCCUUCUGAACCUGGUGUGUUGUGCCCUCCGGGGAGGCAGGGAGGGAGGACUGGGCCAUGAAGCCCUUUCCGGCAGAUGCGUCUCUGUGUCUCCCCCUGGUGUCUUUUUGGGGAUUUUCGCAGGUCUGGCCUUCCCUCCUCCUCCUCCUCCUGCCAUUGGCGAGCUAGAAUGGCUCUGGACCGGCUGCUUUGCUUGGCCCCUGUGGCCCUCUCGAUUCGUUCCC